UCGAUAUUGCGUAUGGCGAAAUUCGCGUCUCAGUUUUAAAACAUUAAAACAUUUUAAAACAGAACGCGCUUAAAAUAUAGACAUGCCAGACAGCAGCGCCACAGAACAGAAUGCCGAUAAUGUCAUCCGCAUUAUGGUGGCCACCGACAACCACUUGGGAUACUGCGAAAAGGAUGCUGUACGCGGCGAGGACAGUUUCACCGCCUUCGAGGAGAUUCUGGAAUUGGCUUUGGUUGAGGAUGUGGACAUGAUACUGCUGGGUGGAGACUUGUUCCACGACGCUGUGCCCAGUCAGAAUGCCCUGCACAAGUGCAUCGAACUACUGCGUCGCUAUACAUUCGGGAAUAAGCCGGUGGCGCUGGACAUAAUCAGCGACCAGUCACAGUCCUUCUACAAUGCCAUCAACAAUUCGGCGAACUUCGAGGAUCCCAAUCUGAAUAUUUCCUUUCCAGUCUUCUCCAUUCACGGCAAUCACGAUGAUCCGAGCGGCUUUGGGCGACUCAGUUCGCUGGAUCUGCUGAGCUCAUCCGGUCUGGUGAACUACUUUGGCCGGUGGACCGACCUCACCAAGCUCGAGAUCAACCCGAUUCUAAUACGCAAGGGCGAGACCCAUAUGGCGUUGUAUGGCCUGAGCCACAUCCAUGACAAUCGCCUGGUGCGUCUCUUCAAGGACUUCAAGGUGAAAAUCGAGGCUCCCGGCAAUAGCGGCAAUGGCGAUGCCGCGCAAGAGGAUUGGUUCAACCUGAUGGUCGUGCAUCAGAAUCGCGCAGAUCGGGGACCCAAGAACUAUUUGCCAGAGGAUUUUCUGCCGGACUUCCUGCACUUGGUCAUCUGGGGGCACGAGCACGACUGCCGCAUUGAGCCAGAGGCGAAUGCGAAGAGGGGCUUCUAUGUGUCCCAGCCGGGCUCAUCGGUGCCCACCUCCCUGUCGGAGGGCGAGGCCAAGAAGAAGCACGUCGGUCUGCUGGAGAUCUACAAAAGCAAGUUCAAGCUAAAGGAGCUCCCCUUGCAGUCGGUGCGUCCAUUUGUAUUCGAUUCAGUUGUACUGCCCGACAAGGCCGAAGAGUUGGGCCUCAACGAGGGCGAUGCUUCGACAAAGGUCUACAAAUUUGCACGCGAGCGCGUGGAGUCGAUGAUUGAGAAGGCCAAGGCCCAGCUGACGGGUCACCCAAAGCAGCCAAAUCUGCCCUUGAUACGCUUGCGGCUGCUCUACACCGAUGAGUCGUGCAUGUUCAACACGAUUCGCUUUAGUCAGAUGUUCAGCACGCGCGUCGCAAACGUACAGGAUGUGGUGCAGUUCACCAAGCUGGUGAUGCGCACCAAGGGUGAAAGUGUCACCCUGGAUAAGGAGGCUAUGAGGCGCGCGCUGGAAGCGGAGAACGCGACUCGUGUAGAGGAGUUGGUGGAACGCUAUUUCGAGGAGAAAAAGAAACCAUUGAAGCUACUCCACUCGAAGGCGCUGUCAGAGAUGACUUAUCGCCUGGUGGAGCGUCGGGACACCAAUGCGGCCGAAAAUAUUGUCAAAUUCUAUAAGGAAAAGGCACUGGAGCAUUUGAUGGAAACAAUGCCCAACGACGAGGAUAUCGGUAAAGAGCUCGAGAACUUCAGAGAACGCUACAAGCACGAGGAUCUGCUCAAAAUGCUCGAUGCUCGAGGCGUCAAAACCAAGGAUGAGAGCUCCGUUUUUGCAGCGAAAGAUGAGGCCAACACAUCCACGGCCACAACCAGUGGGCGCGGACGUGCAUCACGGGGUCGCGGCGCUGCUCGUGGUCGUGGUGCUGCUGCCACAAGUGCUGCCACACGAGCCAAGCCCCAGCUGGAUGUGUCUAUGAAUAAUACGCGCUCAUCGGCCAGGCAGCAGACGCUACUAAGCAGCGUUCGAGCUGCUACCAAAGGCCCCAGCUACGUUAUCUCGGAUGAUUCCGAUUGAUAUAUAUUCCUAUAACUCAGUGCCACAACUCAGUGCUUCAAUUGAUUCACAUUCCUUAGCGCUUGGAGCGAAAAGUUACUAACUAUUUUCAUUGUGAUACUCAAGCCAAUACGUUUCCCAAUGAAUAAAUACUACUAAAAUGUA